AUGCCACAGGCCAAUGAAGCCCUCCACCACCAGCACCAGGUGGCCCAGAAUAGCUUGCUGCCUCUUCUUAACGCGGGAACCGAACCAAUCGACCAAAAGCCCGUCCUGCCCAUUCAAAUCGAGCAGAAGAACCCUUCCAUUUCUUUAGACCUGCUCAAAGACAAUGUGGCCGGAGGCGGCACCCGGCCACCGGUGCCCGUGAUAAAGAAGGAGCACAAAGGCAAAACGCCAUUUGUUUGCGGCUACUGCAACAAAGCCUUCCGCGACAGCUACCACCUGCGACGCCACGAGUCCAGCCACACGGGUAUCAAAAUGGUGUCGCGGCCAAAGAAGACGGCCCAGACGGCCCCGACCAUGGUGCCGAUGAUCUCCACCAUGCAGCGAGAGAACAACGGGAACGUUUCCUAUAUCUCCACGGCGGCGGGAAUCUUUUCCACGGCGACCACUUCCGUGUCUUCGGGCGCCAGCGUGAUGACGUCCGCAAUGGGCAACAUGGCGCACCAUCAGCAGACUGUACCCAAAAAACCUGCCAAACCCGUCAAGAAAAACCACGGGUGCGAGAUGUGCGGCAAGGCCUUCCGUGACGUUUACCACCUGAAUCGCCACAAGCUGUCCCAUUCUGACGAAAAGCCCUUCGAAUGCCCUAUUUGCCACCAACGCUUUAAAAGGAAAGACAGAAUGACCUACCACGUUCGCUCUCACGACGGUGGAGUUCAUAAACCCUACGUGUGUUCUGUCUGCGGGAAAGGCUUUUCCAGGCCAGACCACUUGAGUUGUCACGUCAAGCACGUUCAUUCUUCUGAACGGCCGUUUAAAUGUCAAGUGACGGCGUGUACAUCUGCUUUUGCCACCAAAGACCGUCUGCGUUCUCAUAUGAUCAGACACGAGGGGAAGGUGACCUGCAGCAUCUGUGGGAAGAUGCUAAGUGCAGCUUACAUCACCAGCCAUCUGAAGACUCACGGGCAAACAAACUUCAACUCCUGUAACAAAGACGAGGUCUGCAACUCUGCCUCAGCCACCCCCGUGACCGUCUCGGCUCCCAUCACCACGGCCAUGAAUCGGGGCAAUUCCAAUAACAACAAUAACGCCGUCACCAUCGCGGCGCAAAUGAACAUUAGCACCAACACGGUCAACAUCACGUCGCCGGUCAACCUUCAGCAUCCCCUCACCAUCACCGGGCCCGUCAACAUCGCGUCGGUCAACAUCCCCGCCACCGCAUCCAUGAAUAUCGCCCACCCCGUGGCAAUAACCACCCCCAUGCCAAUGAAUAUCGCCGGCCCGCUUAACAUCGCCAUGAGGCCGGUGGAUAGCAUGCCUUUCUUGUCCCAAGUCUUGCCGUCCUCCCCGCCCUGGUAA